AUGUACUAUGCUGCAUUAUAUACUACUCCCAGAUACAAUUAUGGCUAUUCAGGCAAGGAACCGAAUAUUUUUAAGUUCAAAAAUAUCGUAACAGUUGGCCAAAUCGUAAAUUUUGCCCUUAUCAUAUUUUAUUUCUCUAUUUGGAUACUCAUCGGAAGCGGAACUUUCGAGGGAGUCGUUUUAUAUGAAACCCCAAAAUCUUUAAUUGUCCCAAUACUAUCUGUUACUAUUAUUCCACGAAUCUUCCUGUUGGUUUAUGACAGUACGACAAAGACGGAGGAAAUUGACAAGUGUCGGAGGAAUUUAUCAAUUGGAUAUGGAGGAAUGGCGUUGUGUGGAGUUGCUGCUCAAGCGUUGACAGUGCUCAUGAGGAAUCGGAAUAAUGAGCUGCUCGCCUACUCCCUUCCCUGCAGUCUCAUCGCCCUGCUUCUAUUCCUUCUAUUCGUUUCGUUACCACUAGAAGACUACAAAAUGAAACCAGAAACCAAGCGAACCGCCCAGUUUUUGAGAAUAAUAGUUGCAAUUUUCCAUUUUGUCGUUGGAGCGCUCUUGCUACUCUUCACAUACUUCUGUUCUGAAUUUAAAGUUUUUCAAAAGGCGUCGUUUGGAAUUAUUCAUAGUUUUCUCAUGUUUAUGCCAUGUACCGCAGAAGUAUCGACGAGUACGGUAGCCAGGGUACAGUACUUACGGACUACUGUACCCAAAAAAGUGGAAAAAGUGGAAAGAAACAACUCAAAUCUUAAUAUGGAGGACGAAAAUGAGCCCAAACACUGCACUUCUCCCCUCGAGUGCUCCAUCUGCAUGCUCCGCUACACUACCACUACAGUAAUCCCCAGAAUGCUAACCGCCUGCGGGCAUACAGUAUGCCAGAGGUGUGUUGAAAAGAUGCCAAAAGAAGAAGAUGACGUCAUUUUAUGCCCAUUCUGCAGAAAACGCACUUUGUUGCCAGAUGGCCACGCCCACCGACUUCCCAAAAACUAUGCGAUAUUGGAAAUGAUAGAGGAGCACUUCUGA